GCACGUGAUUUGCCGGUGACUGGAGUACCCGGUCCCUGGCCACUGUCAGCUCUGGUCUGCCGCGUGCCGGGGGGGAAGUGCCGGGGCCACUGCCGGGAGGGAUCUUAGGAGGGAUCAUAGGACAUCUCCUGAAGAGCUGCCAUGUCUGGGAAUUUUACAUCUUCCUCAGAACAGAACAACAAUAGCUGUGAAACCAAAACCUCAAGUCUUCGAAUGUCAGAGAAGAAAUGUUCGUGGGCAUCUUACAUGACCAACUCUCCAACUCUCAUCGUUAUGAUUGGCUUGCCAGCCCGGGGCAAAACCUAUGUGUCCAAGAAACUCACACGUUACCUCAACUGGAUUGGGGUACCCACCAAAGUGUUUAACCUUGGGGUGUAUCGGCGCAAAGCAGUCAAGUCCUAUAAGUCCUACGACUUCUUCCGGCACGACAAUGAGGAGGCCAUGAAGAUCCGCAAACAGUGUGCUCUGGUGGCCCUGGAAGAUGUUAAGGCGUAUCUCACCGAGGAGAGUGGGCAGAUUGCGGUGUUUGAUGCCACCAAUACCACUAGGGAGAGGAGGGACAUGAUUUUGAACUUUGCCAAGGAGAAUUCUUUCAAGGUAUUCUUUGUGGAAUCUGUCUGUGAUGAUCCCGACGUCAUCGCUGCCAACAUCCUGGAGGUAAAGGUGUCGAGCCCUGACUACCCUGAAAGGAACAGGGAGAAUGUGAUGGAGGACUUCCUAAAGAGAAUUGAGUGCUACAAAGUUACCUAUCAACCCCUUGAUCCGGACAACUAUGACAAGGAUCUUUCUUUCAUCAAGGUGAUAAACGUGGGCCAGCGAUUUUUAGUGAACAGAGUCCAGGACUACAUUCAGAGCAAGAUAGUCUACUACCUCAUGAACAUCCACGUCCAGCCUCGCACCAUCUACCUUUGCCGGCACGGAGAGAGCGAGUUCAAUCUCUUGGGGAAGAUUGGGGGUGACUCUGGCCUCUCGGUGCGGGGAAAACAGUUUGCUCAGGCUCUAAGGAAGUUUCUGGAGGAACAGGAGAUAGCAGACCUCAAAGUAUGGACGAGCCAGUUAAAGAGGACUAUCCAGACCGCUGAAUCCCUGGGGGUGACCUAUGAGCAGUGGAAGAUUCUGAAUGAGAUUGACGCUGGGGUGUGUGAGGAGAUGACCUAUGCAGAGAUUGAGAAGCAGUACCCAGAUGAGUUUGCACUUCGAGAUCAAGAGAAAUAUCUGUAUCGAUAUCCUGGUGGGGAGUCGUACCAGGACCUGGUGCAGCGGCUGGAGCCCGUCAUCAUGGAGUUGGAGCGUCAGGGCAACGUCCUCGUCGUCUCCCACCAGGCCGUCAUGCGCUGCCUCCUGGCCUACUUCUUGGAUAAGGGUGCAGAUGAGCUACCGUACUUGAGGUGCCCUCUCCAUACCAUCUUCAAACUUACUCCUGUGGCCUACGGGUGCAAAGUGGAAACAAUUAAACUCAAUGUGGAGGCUGUGAACACUCACCGUGACAAGCCAACUAACAACUUCCCCAAGAAUCAAACCCCUGUAAGGAUGAGAAGGAACAGCUUUACGCCUCUGUCCAGUUCGGAUACGAUAAGGCGUCCAAGAAAUUACAGUGUUGGGAGCCGGCCCCUCAAGCCCCUCGGCCCUCUCCGUGCCCUGGACAUGCAAGAAGGGGCCGACCAGCCGAAGACCCAAGUCAGCAUUCCGGCAAAGGCUGUGCUGGCUGUGCACAGGCACUCCUCUGCAGCGUCCCUCACAUUGCUCUCCUGAUGAUGUGGAGGCGGGGGCCAGACCUCUCCGGGGCACUGGGAUCUGCUGAUAAGCUUGGGAUGUCGGCUCCACGGGGGCUUGAACAGGAAGUUAAGUGAGGAUUGGAUAUUUGGAGCCACCAAAAUGAGGCCUGGAAAAACAUCACCACAUUUCUUCCUCUCAUGCCUAGUGGCAAUAUUAGUUACACUGAAAAAUUUAACUUCCCUGUGACUCAAAAUGUUUAACAGCCUGAACUGAUUAGUUUCUGUUAUCCCUUUGCUGGGUUUGGCCCAGGUUGGCCAAUCUUGUUCUGUUUCAGCAUUUAGCAUCCUACCUGUGACUCUGUCCCUGGCUGGCUAUACUUUGCCUAAAGUGCAAAUGCACCUUGUCGGAUUUAA